AAAACACAACUUGAAAUAUCAUAAAAUUUCAUAAUAGCUUUCUCUCUCUAAAAUGUCUCUCUAACUUCUCUCUAAGUUUUCCAGACUUCCUAACUUCUUCAUAAACCUUGUUUCUUUCUAUUCUAAACACAGUCGCGAUUCUGUAUCUUUUCUUAAGGUACAAAGUCAUAGAAAUUAUUACUAAGUGGUAAUGACAAUGACUUACGCGUGGUUAUGGACGCUUCUCGCCUUCGUUCUGACAUGGAUGAUUUUUCACCUCAUCAAGAUGAAGAAGGCAGCAACCGAAGAUGUAGAGGCAGAGGCAGAAGAGAGAUCAGAUGGUGCCACUGAUGUCAUCAUUGUUGGGGCGGGUGUUGCAGGCGCUUCUCUUGCUUAUGCUCUUGCUAAGGAUGGACGACGAGUACAUGUGAUAGAGAGGGACUUGAAAGAACCACAAAGAUUCAUGGGCGAGCUUAUGCAAGCGGGAGGCCGCUUCAUGUUAGCCCAGCUUGGCCUCGAAGAUUGUUUGGAGGAGAUAGACGCUCAAGAAGCCAAGUCCUUGGCAAUUUACAAGGACGGAAAACACGCGACAUUACCAUUUCCAGACGACAAGAAGUUUCCUCAUGAACCAGUCGGUAGACUUUUACGUAAUGGCCGUCUGGUACAACGUUUACGCCAAAAAACAGCUUCUCUUAGCAAUGUACAAUUAGAAGAAGGAACGGUGAAGUCUUUAAUUGAAGAAAAAGGAGUGGUUAAAGGAGUGACAUACAAGAACAGCGCAGGCGAGGAAACAACGGCCUUUGCACCUCUCACUGUCGUAUGCGAUGGUUGUUAUUCAAACCUUCGUCGGUCACUCGUGGAUAAUAAUACUGUGACCGAAGUUCCCGCUGAUAGUAUUCCUUCUAUUGCGAAUGGCGAAUUGUCUACCUUCCUCAAGAAAUCAAUGGCUCCUCAGAUACCCGAAACUGGAAAUCUUCGUGAGAUAUUUUUGAAAGGCAUAGAGGAAGGAUUACCAGAGAUAAAAUCAACAGCGACAAAAAGUAUGUCAGCGAGAUUGUGUGAUAAGAGAGGAGUGAUUGUGUUGGGAGAUGCAUUUAAUAUGCGUCAUCCUAUAAUCGCGUCAGGGAUGAUGGUUGCUCUCUCGGACAUUUGCAUUCUACGCAAUCUACUCAGACCAUUGCCUAACCUCAGCAAUACUAAGAGGGUCUCUGAUAUUGUCAAUUCCUUUUACAUCAUCCGUAAGCCAAUGUCAGCGACCGUGAACACGCUGGCUAGUAUCUUUUCACAAGUGCUUGUUGCUACAACGGACGAAGCAAGAGAGGGAAUGAGACAAGGCUGCUUCAAUUACCUAGCUCGUGGAGAUUUUAAAACAGCCGGAUUGAUGACUAUUCUCGGAGGCAUGAACCCUCACCCCCUUACUCUAGUCCUUCAUCUUGUAGCCAUCACCCUUACGUCCAUGGGCCACUUGCUUUCUCCCUUUCCUUCGCCUCGUCGCUUUUGGCAUAGCCUCAGACUUUUUGUGUGGGCUUUGCAAAUGUUGGGUGCACAUUUAGUGGAUGAAGGAUUCAAGGAGAUGUUGAUUCCAACAAACGCAGCUCGUUAUCGAAGAACCUAUAUCGCCACAACCACUGUUUGAGCGUUGACUGAUUGAUUAAUCCAUAACAUGAAGACUGUUUACUCGGAGAUGAAAAAUAACAACAAAUUGUAAAAAUAAAUAAUUGUGUGUAUAUGAAGUUGAGCCUUUGGUUAAGCUCUACUGAAUUAUCUUGUAACCAAACAUGGAUAUGUUACGUGCUGAUUUGUUAUAUUCUAUAUAUUGAUUCUUGAUUUUCUGCUUAUAAAUUUUCUCUCCUGUU